AUGAAGCUGGCGAAAUGCGCUGUGAAUUCGGCCUGGUAUUUGAAAUGUAACGAUGAUGAUCUGAAAUGUGAUUGGGAGGUAUGGGAUCGUCUAUUGCGAGCACCCACUGCACCUCAGGGUACGGUUUGUUCACGAUUAAGCAACGAUCAAGGUAAAUACAUGGACUUCCCAUCAAUGCGUGACCUGCUCAAAGAACUGUGCCGUACCAAGGUUUUCUGUGCAAUGCCACCAUAUGAAAUUGAUGAUAUUCGGCUAUUGCCAGGCUUUAAUUAUGCAGGAAAAUGCAUAAGUGAGUUAUCAUAA